AUGCGCUUCGGGGCACGGGUGGGGCUGGCGUUGGCCGGGCUCGCCCUCGUUGUCUUCUUCAUCGCCCUUCGUCUGUCAUACAAGGCCACCGAUGGUGAUGAGGAUCCACACGAAAAUAUUAACGAAGACCCGGCCGCUCGAUUGCUUAUGGCUUCCGGUAGUUCCGGAGAUGGACAAUCGAACGGACCAUCACCGGCCCGUAUCUCGGUUUCGGUAGCGAUCGUGAUGCUCGUCUCACUUUUGUCUGUCGCGCUUCUUAUAACGGGUAUUAUCGUUGUGGCUAUUACGGUUGAUCCAAACGCCUCGUCAUCAGCCGAAUGCAGCGACAUCGAAGAAGAGGACGACGAGCGCGAAACUGAGAAUUACUACCCAGUAAGUCCCACACGUCAUCUUUUGAGUUUUUCCAUGCCGCACCCCCGGCCGGCUUCUUUUCGAGGGGCGAUUUUGACCGUCUCUUCAUUCCGGAUGCUACGCAAAACCUGCCAAGCAGGAAAAUUGAAAUUUAAUGGGUUUCAUGUCUUUUUUUUAUCAUCCAAAAGGUUG